AUGUCCAACGUAUACGAGAAGGACGAGAUCAACACCGCCUACAAGGCAGACACGAGCCACUCGGAGCGCGAUGACAACUCGCCAGACCCGUACAACCAGCGGCCCGAUGACGUUGAGGACCACCGCUCCCGCCAGACCGACAUUGACUAUGGCUUCGACAUCGACGAGGUCAACAAGACCGUCCGCAAGGUCGACUUGCGCCUCAUCCCCAUCCUCUCCGCUCUCUACUGUAUCUCUCUGAUUGACCGGACCAACCUGUCGCUCGCUCGCGCAGCCAACAAGCUGCAGAUGAACUACGACCUCAACCUCACCAACCCCGACGGUUCGUCACAGGGUAACCGCUACGGUCUGGCCACUAUCAUGUUCUUCAUCCCCUACAUUAUUCUCGAGGUUCCCUCGCAGCUCGGUCUGCGCAAGUUUGGUGCCAAGUUGUGGCUCGGAACUGCGACAGCCCUCUGGGGUAUCGUCAUGAUCGGUAUGGGUUUCGUCACCACCUGGCAAGGCCUCGUCGGCCUCCGUGCCGUCCUCGGUAUCUUUGAGUCGUGCCUGUUCCCCGGAGCCGCCUUCCUCAUUUCUUGCUGGUACCCGCGCUACCAGAUGGCGACCCGCAACUCGUUCUUCUACUGCUUGUCGAUUGUCCUCUCCGGUCUCUCGUCCAUUAUGGCUUGGGGUAUCUCGCAGCUUCACACCAAGCGUGGUCUUCACGGCUGGCAGUGGAUCUUCAUCAUCCAGGGCUCCCUCACUGUCUUUAUCGGUUUCAUGGGUUACCUCUUCAUCACCGACUUCCCCGACAAGGCCCACUUCCUUACCGACCACCAGAAGAACAUUAUCAUCACCCGUAUCCAGCGUGACCGUGGCGACGCCGAGGUCGACAAGCUCACCAUGCCCCUCUUCUGGGAAUACAUUACCGACUUUAAGCUCUGGCUCUUCGGUUACUUCUUCGGUUCCACCACUCUUGCCUCUUACUCUCUCGCCUACUUCCUCCCUGGUAUUCUCGCCCAGAUGGGCUUCAGCAACGCUCUGGCCCAGAUCCUCGUCGCUCCGCCUUACGUGUACUGCAUCAUUCCCUGCGUCUGCGUCUCCAUCUUCUCCGACAGGACCCGCAUGCGCGCAGCCGGUAUCUCCUUCAACGCCAUCUGCGUCAUCGUCGGUACUUGCAUGUACUCGCAGCUCCACGACCCCAAGCACAAGGCCGCUCGCUACGCCGGCGUCUUCCUCGCCAUCGGCGGAUGCAACAGCAACGUCCCUCUCAUCCUUGCGUGGGCCCAGUCGUCCAUCCGUCGCCAGUCCAAGCGUGGCUUUGCAUCUGCCCUCAUCGUCGCAUGGGGCGGUAUUGGCGGUAUCCUCUCCGGUGUCGCCUUUAUGGAGCGUGAGGCCAAGAAGGGUUACCCCACUGGUGUCCACCUCACUCUCGGCGUCAACGCCUCCAUCGUCGUCUUGUCCAUGUGCCUCAUGCUCUUCUUCAAGAGGCAGAACCGCCGCGCCGACCUCGGCGCCGUCGUCCUCGAGGGCUCCGCGGCCUUCCGCUACCAGGGCUAA